CCGCUGCCGUCCGGCUUCGCCGCGGCCCUUGGGGAGCCGGCACCGUGGCCCUGGGGCGCCGAGCGGUGCUGCCGUCGCGGAGGAGACCCCGGCGGGCGACGGAGCGGAGACGGGAGCUGCCCCCCGGGAGCCGCGCUGCCUGCCCUCGUCGCUGCCCUGGCUUACUGCUACCUCAGGGACCACCGCUCCAAGGAAGAUGCUCUGCUGGAAGCUGCGAGGGUCAACAACGUUUCGGAAGUCAACAGGUUGUUGCUGGAAGGCGCGGACGCGAACGCGAGGCACAGGCUGGGCUGGACUGCCCUGAUGGUGGCAGCUAUCGGCAGGAACUCCAGCGUGGUGAAGAUCCUGCUGGCAGCUAAUGCAGAUCCAAACCUUGGAGAUGACUUCAGCAGCGUGUACGAGACUGCCAAGGAAAAAGGCCUCCAUUCUCUAGAAGUCCUUGUAACCCGGGAGGACGACUUCAACAACCGCUUGAACAUCCGAGCCAAUUUCAAGGGCUGCACAGCUCUACACUACGCGGUGCUGGCUGAUGACUACCUGACGGUCAAACUGCUGCUGGAUGCAGGUGCCAACCCCCUGCAGAAGAAUGAAAUGGGACACACGCCCCUGGAUUACGCCCGCGAAGGGGAGGUCAUGAGCCUUCUGAAAGCGUCGGAGGCGAAGUUCCAGGAGGAGCAGCGCAAGAGGGAGGUGGAGGAACGCCGGAGGUUUCCGCUGGAGCAGCGGCUGAAAGAGCACAUCAUCGGUCAGGAGAGCGCCAUAGCCACGGUGGGAGCAGCUAUUCGGAGGAAGGAAAAUGGCUGGUAUGACGAGGAGCACCCGCUGGUCUUUCUUUUCUUGGGAUCGUCUGGAAUAGGUAAAACCGAGCUGGCCAAGCAGACAGCCAAGUACAUCCAUAAGGACGUGAAAAAGGGUUUCAUCAGACUGGACAUGUCGGAGUUCCAGGAGAGGCACGAGGUGGCCAAGUUUAUCGGCUCUCCGCCUGGCUACGUGGGCCACGAAGAGGGCGGGCAGCUCACCAAAAAGCUGAGGCAGUGUCCAAACGCCGUGGUGCUCUUCGACGAGGUGGACAAAGCCCACCCAGAUGUCCUCACCAUCAUGCUGCAGCUCUUCGAUGAGGGCAGACUGACGGAUGGGAAGGGGAAAACCAUUGACUGCAAGGAUGCCAUCUUUAUCAUGACCUCCAACGUGGCGAGCGACGAGAUCGCCCAGCACGCUCUGCAGCUGCGCCAAGAGGCCGUGGAGAUGAGCAAGAAAAGGAUCGCAGAAAACUUAGAGGAUGUCCAGGUGACCGACAAGAUAACCAUCUCCAAGCAGUUCAAGGAAAAGGUUAUUCGCCCCAUCUUGAAGGCUCACUUCAGACGAGACGAGUUCCUGGGGCGGAUCAACGAGAUCGUCUAUUUUCUCCCUUUUUGCCACUCGGAGCUCAUCCAGCUUGUCAACAAGGAGCUGAACUUCUGGGCCAAGAAGGCCAAGGCGAGGCACAACAUCACCCUGCUCUGGGACAGGGAGGUCAUGGACGUGCUGGCUGACGGCUACAACUUGCACUACGGUGCCCGCUCUAUCAAACACGAGGUGGAGCGGCGCGUUGUGAACCAGCUGGCCGCUGCCUACGAGCAGGACCUGCUGCCCAGGGGCUGCACCCUGAGGAUCACGGUGGAGGACUCGGACAAGCAGCUGCUGAAGAGCAAGGACAGCUCUUCCCCUGGAGCCCAGAAAACAAAGAUGCCGACCCUGCGGUUGGAGAUAGUGGAGAAAGACAGCAAAUCCCGAAAACUGGACAUCCAAGCGCCUCUGAACCCAGAAAACAUUGCUUACUUCUUGUAG